AUGGCAUUUCUGGAUGACAAGCUCUGUACCAAGAUUAACGGGCACAGUCUGGGCGCUGAUGCCCAAAGUGGAGAACCCCUCCGAGGAGACCUGCAGGAAUUUCUGGGUGGGGAGAUCCUUCUGCAUCAGCUGGAUGACCUCACCAAAGUGAAUCCCGUGACGUUGGAGACAGUCUUGAGGUGCCUGCAGGCUCGGUACUCAACAGACAUCUUCUACACCAAUGCUGGCUGCACCCUAGUGGCACUGAACCCCUUCAAGCCGGUCCCUCAACUCUAUUCACCAGAGCUGAUGAAAGAGUACCACACUGCGCCUCAGCCCCAGAAUCUGAAGCCCCACAUCUUCGCUGUGGGUGAACAGACCUACAGGAAUGUCAAGAGCCUGAUUGAGCCCGUGAACCAGUCUAUUAUUGUCAGUGGAGAGAGCGGAGCUGGAAAGACAUGGACGUCUCGCUGCCUAAUGAGGUUCUAUGCUGUGGUGGCCUCCUCGCCCACGUCUUGGGAGAACCACAAUGUUGCAGAAAGGAUCGAACAGCGGAUCCUGAACUCCAACCCUGUCAUGGAGGCUUUUGGGAACGCAUGCACGCUGAGGAAUAACAACAGCAGUCGCUUUGGGAAAUUCAUCCAGCUCCAGCUGAACAGGACCCAGCAGAUGACCGGAGCUGCAGUUCAGACCUACCUACUAGAGAAAACCCGAGUGGCCUGCCAGGCCCCCCAGGAGAGGAACUUCCAUAUUUUCUACCAGAUCUAUAAAGGAGCCAGUGCAGACGAGAGACUGCAGUGGUACCUCCCUGAUGGCGCUGCCUUCUCCUGGCUGCCCAACCCAGAGAGGACUUUGGAAGAGGAUGAUUUUGAGGCGACCAAAGAGGCCAUGCUCCAUUUGGGCAUCGACACCCCCACCCAGAACAACAUCUUUAAGGUCCUAGCCGGACUGCUGCACCUCGGCAACACGCACUUUGCUGACUCUGAGGACGAAGCCCUGCCCUGCCAGCUGAUGGACCCUGCUGAAUACUCUGUCAGGACAUAUGCAUCACUGCUGCGGCUCCCAGAGGACGCGUUGCUGGAGACACUGCGGAUCCGAACCAUCUGGGCAGGCCGGCAACAACAGGUGAUCCGGAAGCCGUGCUCCCGAGCCGAGUGCGCCACCCGAAGGGACUGUCUGGCCAAACUGAUCUACUCACGGUUGUUUGACUGGCUGGUGGCGGUGAUCAACAGCAGCAUCUGUGCAGACUCCGGCACGUGGGCCACCUUCAUAGGCCUGUUGGAUGUAUACGGAUUUGAGUCAUUUCCUGACAACAGUCUGGAGCAGUUGUGCAUCAACUACGCCAAUGAGAAGCUGCAACAGCACUUCGUGGCUCACUACCUGAGGGCUCAGCAGGAAGAAUACGCAGCCGAGGGCCUGGAGUGGUCAUUUGUCAACUACCAGGACAACCAGAGCUGUUUGGAUCUCAUCGAGGGGAGCCCCAUCAGUAUCUGCUCUCUCAUAAAUGAGGAGUGCCGCCUGAAUCGGCCGAGCAGCGCAGCCCAGCUCCAGACACGCAUUGAGGGAGCCCUGGCAGGCAGCCCUUGCCUGGGUCAGAACAAGCUCAGCCGGGAGCCCAGCUUCCUGGUGGUGCACUAUGCGGGUCCUGUGUGCUACCACACAGCUGGCCUCGUGGAGAAGAACAAGGACCCCGUCCCCCCUGAGCUGACCACACUACUACAGCAAUCCCAGGACCCCCUGCUCAAGGUGUUGUUUCCUGUUACUCCCCAAGAGAAGUCUCAGGAGGAGCCCUCUAGCCAGAGCAGAGCCCCCAUGUUGACCGUGGUGUCCAAGUUCAAGGCCUCCCUGGAGCAGCUCCUGCAGGUACUACACCGCACCACGCCCCAUUACAUUCGCUGCAUCAAGCCCAAUAGCCAGAGUCAGGCGCACACCUUUGUCAGGAAGGAGGUCCUGAGCCAGCUGGAGGCCUGUGGCCUUGUGGAGACCAUUCAUAUCAGUGCUGCCGGCUUCCCCAUCCGGGUCUCUCACCGGAACUUUGUGGAACGGUAUCAGUUGUUGAGGAGGCUCCGUUUUCAGGUAUCCCCUGGCACCCACAGCUUAGCUCCUGCCAAAGGGCACUCAGAAGUGCCUCCUGACGCCAACGAGGCCACACUGCAGCCUCUCCUUCAGGACAUUCUCCACACUCUACCCACUCUAACCCAGGCAGCCACCACUGGGGAGUCAGCUAAGGCCACGCCAGCCCCCGUGCACUGUGGGAGGACCAAGGUGUUCAUGACCGACUCCACGCUGGAGCUUCUGGAAGGCGGGCGUGCCCGGGUGUUGGAGCAGUGUGCACGCUGCAUUCAGGACAGCUGGAGGCGACAUGUGCACCGCAAGCAGGAGAGGCAAAGGCGGGCGGCUGUGCUCAUCCAGGCAGCCACUCGUUCCUGGUUAACACGGAAGCACAUCCGGAGGCUGCACACAGCUGCCACCAUCAUCAAGCGUGCAUGGCAGAAGUGGAGAAUCAGAAUGGCCUCCCUUGCUUUUAAAGAACUGGAUGGUGUGGAAGACAAACAUCUGUUUCAAGAUGCCGAUUUCCUGAGCUCCAACCCAUUACCUCCAGUGCAGACUAGGCUUCUGGGGGCAAUAAUCCGCCUCUGGCCCCUGGGACUGGUCCUGGCUAACUCAGCCACGGGAGUACGCGGCUUUCAGAGGAAACUGGUUGUCUGGGCCUGCCUCCAGCUUCCCUCAGGAAGGCCCAGCAGCGACACCCUGCUGACGGCACAACACGACCAGGCUGGUGUCACAUCCAUUCGAGCGCUGCCUCAGGGUUCGAUCAAGUUUCACUGCAGAAAGUCUCCACUGCGCCACGCUGACAUCUGCCCUGAGCCUCCACCCUACAGUGUUACUGGCUUUAAUCAGAUUCUGCUGGAAAGACACAGACUGAUCCAAGUGUGA